UCGAGAUCGAUCGAUCCUUGCCCUGUCUCACCAGUCUCGCGGCGCGCCCUCGCCAUGGUGGAAUCGCCCAGCGAGGGGGUGGUCACCUCAGAGAGGAUUGAAUUGGAAUCUGAGUGGGACUUUGCCUCCUUCGUUUCGCAACUGGAUGAUCAUCAAAUCCAUGAGCUCGUGGGUCGUGCGCUCCGCGAGGAGAACGUGACGUACUGGCGAGAGCUCUUCGAGCAAAGCGUCACGAAGCGCUCCGUCGAGCGCCUCAUCCGCUUCGUCGAGCUCUCCGGGCGCGAGAUCGAGUUGAGAUUGCGGCCCUUUGACUCGUUGGGUGCUGUGCAUCGUCAACUGUUGACCAUGCUGCCUGAGAUGCGGACGAAGGCCAUCCGCUACUUCGAUGGGACGACCUUGCUUCUAGAGACGACGCUCGUGGCCAUGCUCCCAGAUGUGGUGACCAUGGUGGGUACCGAAGGCGAGGCCGAAUUCUUGGAGGAGCCUGACUUCACCAUCCGGAGCAUCUUCUGAUCGUUGCAGAAAGCGCACGGAGCUCCAGGGCGCUCCGGG